GGGGGACUAUGUAAAAGUAUUGGGAGCACACGACAAGUUACUUAGUUAACACUGAUGAUCGAUACACGAAGCUAAACGAUGAAUAAUUCUAUCGAGCUUUAGGAAAUUUCUGCAAAAAAUUCCGAUCACUACUGGAUUCUUCUGCUACCACUUUGUAUCAAAUCGCGGAUAAUUUUGACUCGCCUCCAUUAUUGUCCAAGCUCAUGAUGUUUCUUCUAUAUCGCCGUUUUGUCAUCCCGUUCAUCCCAAUUUCGGAAUGUUGCAACUAAGCAGUAAAUUUGGAGCAGUAUCUGAUUUUAGAGUUCGUAAACUCAGUUCAGUUGCAUUCCCCGUGAAGAACAUUUGCAUAGUUGGGUCCGGAUUGAUGGGUAGUGGAAUUGCACAGGUAGCAGCGCAAGCGUCGAUAAUGGUAACAUUAGUCGAUAAGACGGAUGCUGUCUUGAAUAAAUCAAAAAAGUAUAUUCGGAACAAUUUGGAACGAUUAACAAAAAAGCAGUGCAAGAAAGGUGUAAAGCCGGAAGCAUCAAUCACUGAAAAUGUAAUGGAAAAAAUAGUGAUGACGACAAACCUUGGAGAAGGUGUUCAGAAGGCAGAUUUAGUGAUUGAAGCAGUUGUCGAAAAUUUGCCAAUGAAGCAAAAAUUGUUUGAACAAAUUGAGGCUAUUAUUACAAGACCGACACUACUUGCUAGCAAUACAUCUUCAUUGAAGCUACAAGAUAUUGCAAGAAAUUUAAAAAAUAAAUCAAGAUUUGGCGGUUUGCACUUUUUCAAUCCUGUACCAAUAAUGAAGUUAUGUGAGGUAGUACGGUUGACAGAAACAUCCGAUGAUACAUUUAAUGCUCUUCAGACGUUCGCGAAAGCGGUCGGUAAAACGACCGUCGAAUGCAAGGAUGCUCCGGGUUUCAUUGUCAAUCGUCUGCUGAUUCCAUAUCUGAUAGAAGCAAUUCGAAUGGUUGAACGGGGCGAUGCAUCACCACAGGACAUCGAUACAGCAAUGAAGCUCGGAGCUGGCUAUCCAAUGGGACCGUUUGAACUGCUGGAUUAUGUAGGUCUUGAUACGACAAAAUUCAUCCUGGAUGGAUGGCACGAAUCCCAUCCAAAUGAGAAGCAGUUCGAUCCAAAUCCGAUGCUGAACAAACUGGUCGCUGAAGGAAAGUUUGGAAAGAAGUCUGGCGAAGGAUUUUACUCUUACAAAUAGGAAAUGCCAAACGCAAAAUAACUGCACGCAGUAUCGUGAUGUUACUUUAAUUGAAUAAUGGCAGUUACUUUUGUAAGUCUAAAACUAAAAUUUGUUGCAGUUCUAUGCUGUAGUACUUGUCUGUCGCUAUAAGUGUUAGGUAGAAAAACCCCAUAUCUUUGGAGCAUUUACAACGACAUAUUAAAAUACAAA